AUGAAAGAAGUCAUCGAUCAAUCCAUUACUCUUCAAUACAAGGUCGAGCUUGCGAUUGCUGGUAUGGAGGAUGGACCGCCGAGUCACGUAACUACCGCGGAACGAUUGCAGCAUUUGCGUAAAUAUAGCGACUCUUGGGCCGGAGCGCAGUUUGGAUCCGUGGAGAAACUCCACUGCGGUAGAGGUCCUAUGCUUCGUCUCUCGGGCAACGUCCUUGGUCGAUGUUUCGACUCAUCGACGCUAGUGUUCAACAUACUCCCAGGGCACGCACGAGGAGUCAACGCCAGGGAAUGGCGCUAUGACGAUAUAGGCUUUAUGAUCAAAGACUAUGCGAUUGAUGUUGGCCAAGAUCUCCUUGUGAUCCUUUCCCGAGCACCGAGCCAAGAUCGGGCUGCGGGCAAUCAUGAAGAGCAGAUGAUAUACUUUCUGUCUCUUUCGACUGGAAAAGCGCACCCGCAGGCAGUCCAUUCGAGCACACCGCUUCCGUACGGUGUGGAUACCAGAGACCGGUGCCAGCUUCGAUUGUCAGGGGCGUUUGUCGGCGCUAUGAUUCCAAAUGCUUUGGGCGAGCAUCGCACUGAGCCUCAUCUAGUCGUCUGGUCCUGGAAAGAAGGCACAGUACGUAUGUGGCUGAGUGGCGCGUCUCGCAUUGAGGACUUCACGUUCGGGGAUGGAUUCCUCCUUACAACUGUCCUCCCCUGGGAAGGUGGGAAGCCACGCUUGGAGGCUUAUAAUAUAGACAAGCGCUCGGCAUGCACCAAACCCAUCCCAUGGACCGGGGAGAUGCCUUGCUACACGUUCCAAUAUCCGCUCUAUGAGGAGCACCUCCUCAUGAUGGAAUUGGAGACAAUUCCGUCCGUUGCGUCUCUACCUGAAUCGGAGGACGCUGCUCUCUUUCGGGGGGCCCCGACGGACGUGUACUUCCUCGUCCAAAUGUAUCACGAGCGAGGUAGUUUCGAGGAGCAGCACGACUUUCGGGUUACACAUGUCAUUCCGGCGGCCGAGCUUACUUCCAGAAUCCGACAGACGCUCGGACAGCCCGAUCCCAUUAGAGUAUGCCCAUGGGAAGAGUGGGGGUCAAAUACGGUCAUGACAGGACCCGUCUACAAUUAUUUUCCCUCUCGACGUAUGCAGUCGGUUGCCUGCCAGCGUUUCAUUGACUGGUUCAACCCAAUCGACCGCAUUAUGGACUCGUACACUGUGAUGGACAACACAGUGACACUCUUCGACUUCCGUGUCCACAGGAUUCAACGGGGGUUGCAAGGUGGACGAAUGAAAGCACAUGUUGCGAUGGACCCUGACGAGACGUUCUGGGUCAAUCAUUCUAUGUUUCUGCCUUGUGCGAAGAGAACCUUCUCUUUGCCUCCCGCGAUUCGGCGUCCGAGGGGGUGCUUGGAAUUAGCGGUGACCGCUGACAAUAUAGUGGUAUAUAAUGACAGUACGGGAAACGGGCUUUGUUACGUACUGAGCAUCUAA